CUUGCCAAGGACGGUGCUACCCUAGCCCCUUCCUUCCCCUGUCUCCCUCCCCAGAAUAUCUUGAGCAUCUCCAAUAACAACUACUACCCCGUCGCUGUGACCCAGCUGACCAUUGAGGUUCUGCACCUGUCCCUCGUGGUGGGGCAGGUCUCCAACCGCCUUCUCCUCCGCAUCGGCCCUUUGGCCAGUGAGCAGAUGUUGUAUACGGUGGCCAACAGGAUGUGGGACGAGAACACAUACAAGAUCUGUACCUGGCUGAAAAUCAAAGUCCACCACGUGCUUCUGCACAUCCAGGGCACCCUGACCUGUUCCUACCUGAGCCAUUCAGAGCAGCUGGUCUUCCAGAGCUACGAAUAUGUGGACUGCCGGGGAAACACGUCCAAGCCCCACUUGCUGGUGCCUCGCCCGCCGUGACCUGUCUGCUGUCGUCGAGCUCCGGGCACCUGCCGGCCUGGUCUGUAUCUCCCACCACUCCGUGGCACCCAACAGGACGAGAGUGACUUUGCCAGAGGAAAAGCCCUGCUUUAUCAUACCCUCCCCCUGUUCACCCCCAGCAGAGGACGCUUUCUGUGGACGUUAACUUCAUACACACACACACACACACAGCCUCACACCCUCUCUGAUUUCCACAGGAACGGAAGCCUGGUUCUUCUCGAGGCCAGCACCAGAUAUUCCCCUUGGUCCUGAGGAAAGUCUGACCUGACAUUUCCUCAGAGCUGCCUCAGAGGCAUGGAGGGGCCCCCACACUUUCUGUGCUGAGCACCUUGGUUGCCCAGCUCGUCCAGGGAAGACCUUCCUCCUGCCUGAAUGUGGAGAAAGCUUUCAUUUUGUCUGGCUUCUAAUACAUGGAUCCUUUCCAAGUUCUCCACCUGGUAAUGAGAAAGUGACGUGGGGGACAGCCAGUGUUGUCCCCAGGGCCUUUUAGGGAACCGUAGGUGCUCUCCUAGGCCGCCCUGCUUUGGUCGUGUGACAGAGUGAUGGUGAUGGCCUGCUUCUCGCCUGGUAACUUGUCCCCCCCGCCACCCACCCAUCUGACAGCAAGAUUGGCCAAGGCCCUUUGGCUCUGCAGCCUUCCUGGUUCAAGACUGUCUGGGUCCCCAGGAAGUCAGAGGUGUUCUGCAGCUAAAGCUUCUCCUCUCCAGAAAGCAGUUUGAUUAUUCUCUUCAUAGCAGGAAGCAAAGUAGGAGGGGAGGGGAAGGAAGGGAGGCACCGGGCACCCCCUGGGCCUGCACAGGAAAAACAGAGACAAAGCCAGAGUCAUUUUAAAAGGUUUUUAUCGAAGGAGGCCACAAGCCUGAGCCCAUGUGAGUGGACACAGGCAGGUCAAAGGGUGGGUGCAGCUGCUCUCCCGCUGGAAACCUGCAGAGGUGAAGCUGAACUGCUGGGUUCCGCUGCACCCCCAGCCUAGCCCCAGGGCACCCUCUGCUCCCAGAGGCCUGUGCUCUCCUUCGGGCACUGACAGUCCGGAGCUGCGUAUCCGUCGGGACUGGUCUAGGCCGUCCCCUCUUUGCUGUCACUCAGACGACGCGAAGCCCCAGGCAACCCCCCCGGGUUCUUUAGGCGAGCAGGAAUUGUGUUUGCUCACUAAAGGCGGUUACGGUUUCCAUCACUCAGACAGGCAGAGAGGUGAGCUUGAGUAGCAGGGAAAGCUGAGUUUGCAGUAGGAAGGACCGGAGAAGGGGACGUGGGGCCAGAACCGGGUGAGGAGCCGGCCGGGGGGAUGAGGGGAAGGAAGGAGUUGGUGCUGUCUGCGCGCUUCCACGCCUGGGUAACUGGCGUCGAGGUGGCGCUGGUAAGAGCACGGAAGUCCGCGAGGGCCGGGCUGGAGCUCACGCCGGGUGGAGUUCGCCAAGUGUAAUGGACUUAUAUUGGAGUCAAUAAACGGUGCUUAACGAUGUUUAAGAAAGGAAAAUAAAAGGCUCCUGUGAGUGGGAAGGGAGCUGGUGGACGCUCCCCGUCUCACAGCCUGUUUCUUAGUAUCCGAGUGGGCCUCAGGGUCUCUUCCCCGGUCCCUGAGCCCCUCGGGAACACGCCCUGCCUCCGUGCCUUCUGGGAGACUGCUCCCGGGGAGCUCGCCCUCUCCCUUUCCCUCGUUGUGUAUCUCUGAGUCCCUCCCAACGUUCACGCUCCCGUUCUGUGCGCCCCCCGCUCCUUCGCCUCCCCCAACUGCUCCUCUCAGGAAACGCUGCGCUGAGAGGCGCCUUCAGUCUCACCCAAAGGCGAUGCUGCAGCAGUGAAAGGACCCAGGCUCCCCCCUGACCAGUCAAGAGUGGAAGAGGGAGCGGGGCUGGGGGACCCCAGGUGUCAGUUUCAGGAAGUGGUGAGGGGGAUGCCUGGGGCCUCCAGAGCCUCUCGGUUGUCUCUGCUGCAUGGAGAGGCUGAGACCCAGGGAGGAAGAGGCCUGUGGAUGUGCGGGGGCGAGUCCCCCUCUUCCCAAGGUCCGGUGUCCUGUGCCUGAGGCCGCAGUCCUCCUUUCCUCUGAGUUCUUUCUCUCCAUCCCUCCAACCAUCGCCCGUUCAACAGCGGAGUUGCCCACAGUGGACCAGGCGUGACACCGGACUUGGGGGAGGCCCCUGCCUGCCACUUCUUCCUGACGCUGCCCCAGGUCCCCGGUCCGCUCUGGUGUGACGCAACCCCCGCUUCCCCAGAUGCCUCUCAAUAAGCGUCGGCCAGGAGGACGGGCUGGUGGCUCCAGUGAGAGUCAUAAACCUGAGCCCCCAGCAGGCCUAUCGCUGCUACAUAAGGGCCAGUGGUGGAGCUGUAGACCUGGGGGGGGGGGGGCCCAAGGCCAAGUUCUCCCAUUGGCUUUGCCUGGAGAAGCAUGGAAUCGCCCUCCACUUUCUUCUCGCACCGUCUCCAUCCUCUUCGUGGGUCUUCCUGCCCCCUCCCCCUCAUCUCGGUCUCAGGGAGCCCAGCCAGGGUCUUGAUUCUUUCCGGGAAGAGAUCACGUGUUAUUCCCAGCUAGCCUCCCCCGCCAGAGUGGAUCAGGAGGGGUUGGCUUUUGAAGUGGAGAUGUUGCUGGGAGGUAAGAAGGUGGGGCUGCUCAUCUGAUGUUUGCUGAUGGCCAGUGGGGUCUUGGGGGGGGGGGGUCUGUCUCUGAAUCACCACUGCUGGAUGUAAUUCGUUG